AUGGUCGUCGGAGCCCCGCGGAGAAACCUAGAAGGGUGCAAGGUCCCAGUCCGAUUGCGGCACUCGCGUUAUUUCCGUACGUUCGUCGGUAUUUUUGUGAGUUUGUAGAUGCUGCCGAAAUUUUGGGUGUAAGAGAAACUGAGGACGGUGUCUUCUAUUACGUCCACUUCGAUGACUGUAUUUUGUAAUUAUUAAAACUCACAAUUGUUUCCAACAGUUAACAAGCGGCUUGACGAAUGGGUCGAAGAAAGCCGCUUAGAUUUUGAUCGAAUAGAAUGGCCUGCAAAGCGGCUAGUGCGGGAAAGUUCGUCUACUGCCCUUACGAGCAUGGCCUCUGUAGACUCAUCGAUAAAACUUCCAAUCUCUGUCGACUGUGGUCCUGAUCCGGAGGCUGUAACUUCUUUUUGUUUCUUAUUUUCAAGAAUGUUUCUCGAUCACGUAUCCAUUCAUCGAGCAACUUGAGUUCUCUGAAGAGGAAACAUCCUUCCGACGAAGAUAGUGCAUCCAGCCUACAAACAAAUGAUCUAGAUGAUCAUAACGACAAGCCGAAGUUGACAACACUACCGCGGCAGACUGGAAGUAUGGUGUCUAGCCACCACGAACAAGACGUUGUGACGCGAAUUCGAAACCUUGAAUGGAUAGAAAUUGGACAAUACCGGAUCAAGCCAUGGUAUUUCUCACCCUAUCCAGUGGAACUUGUAUCCGCUGACUGCGUGUACAUUUGCGAAUUUUGUCUGAAGUAUCUUAAAAGCCGAACCUGUCUGCGCCGACAUUUGGUAAAUGUCAGCAAAUAUACGUUAUUUUCUAGAUAAAAUGCCAAUUAAGACAUCCUCCUGGCAACGAGAUAUACCGCAAGGUCCCUCACAGCUUUUUUGAGAUUGACGGCAGGAAGAAUAAGGUAACUGAAACUCGCGGCAAUAUUUUUGUUCUAGACGUAUGCACAGCAUUUAUGCCUGCUUGCAAAGUUAUUCCUGGACCACAAAACCCUCUAUUACGACACAGACCCCUUUCUCUUUUACGUCCUCUGUGAAACAGAUUCUAGGGGAUACCACAUAGUAGGUUAUUUUUCGAAAGAGAAGGAAUCGUCAGAGGAUUACAACGUUGCCUGCAUUUUGACUCUUCCUCCGUAUCAGAGAAAAGGCUACGGGAAACUCUUAAUUGAAUUCAGUAAGACCCGCUAUAUUCUCUCCCUCGUAUUUGAUGCAUGCAUAUUGCCCCACAUGUACGAGUCUUAACUUUAGGUAACACCGAUCAUGUCUGUUUUUUCAAGCCGUGAUAAGAUCGUGCCACUCAUUCGUGUGCAGCAAUAUACGCAUCCUGACCGGGUUAGCUUCACUCACCUCCAUCCGCAUGGGCCAAAUCAUUUAACGGACCUCUUUGGACCAGAUUUUGAUUCGAUUUCUGCUUGAUCGUCUCCGUCGAGAUAUCAGCGUCGACUUGGAACAAAUGCACUAAAUUCAGCAGGCGAGUAGCUAAAAUUGCCCCAGUGCUCUUGUUUGAAUGACUUCGGACGCUCAGGAAGCGCCGCGUCGAGAUAAUUAUCUGCGUGCCUCAUUCGAAAGAUCGUUAUCGGGCAGCGAUGUUUGAAAACGUACAGUUUUUGCUCCUUCUCCUUUACGCAUAACUGGUCAGUUACGAUCAUAUCGGGUGGCUGACCAAACGAACGCCCGAUACACGCAAAUCGGAGAUCCGUGACAACUGCAAGCAACACCGAUUCAGGCGACCAUGCCAUCCCUACCGUACCCGCCUUUCGACGUUGUUACUCAAGGUAUUUGCAACUGCGAUCUUACUCUAACUGCAUCUUUAAUGAAAACAAUGGUUUUUUUAUCCGACGUAGAAUUCGAGAGCACCUUUGUUUCAAGUGAUUUCAUUAGUCGACGGUGAUAUUGUCAGCGUUGUCCUUCCGCAAACCGCCUUCUUGUUGCAACUUUAGCGCCGUACAACCCACGUAGCGCAUUUAGGGACGAGGUUCGACUUUCGCGAAAAUACCCGACAGCUAUAACGGGCUAUUGUUAACAUAGUCAGAGAUGGGAUGUUAUUAGACCUCGAUCACUGCUGGUUUUUUCUAACGCAUUGUACCGUCAUUCGUUACCUGAACAGUAUAGAACAUGACAGAGGUAUCGUGAACGUGGAUUUAUAUCGACUGCUUACAAAGUCUUGGAUGCGCCAUCUGAGUAUUUACAAUGUCAGCCCCGUUCAGCCCGGAACCCUCAUUUUCUGACCCAUGUCUUUGCACCAAAAGCCGCCCUGCAGUCUCCUGGGGGUGGCAGUAACAAGGACGUCGGCGACCGCCUAUGCUACGCUACUCCUCUCCUCUGUUUCCUGGAAUUUUUGACGGCGGGCACAAGCAGAGCGCAACAACAGCCAUCAGAAGCAGUUUUAUCACUACAAUAGAUGUGCCCCCUCGUGAAAUGUUAACCGAAAUUCCGAAAUGUGUUUUCGACUCAACAAGAUUACUUAAGUACCGUUGUAAUAUUAAUUGUCGUACAGCACAAUCCCAAGGUAUUUUAGUUACUUCAAGAUGCCAACUGUUAAGCAAGCUUCUUCCCGGCCUCCUGCAAAAGCUGUUUUAAAAUUGACCGCUUAGGUAGUAUGCAUUUUCCCCAUUGAUUUUCGAUUUCCUUAUAGAUUCCAAUUUUUACAAAAACCAUGCACAAAAUAUUCUUUCUUGUACUUAUUUGGUAGCAGAUUACGUCUUCUUUGGAUUUUAUGCUUGAAAAAGGCUAUCUUUCAGUUUUUAUAAGAAGACUUUCUGCUUCAGAAUAACUUUGAAGUCGACUUCCGUUGCACGCGCAUUCAAGGUUUCUAAAUUACAAGCUGUGUACUUUUCGUGUAGAAGAAAUCAAACAUUUCCAAACGUUAUCAGGAAGCUAUCGUAUGGGGCUCACAGCUUUCAGUGAAUUAGGUGGACCACGUUGCAUACUUUAUAAGCAGAAUUAGUAAAUGGACAGAUUGGAUGCUUAGUGGAUGGGCACUCUAUGGCUAUAAGUCUCAUAAUUAAAAACGUAAGACCAAGAGAUACUCCCUUACUAAGCAUAAAGCUUGAAAAAGACAUUAUUUCCUACCAGAUGAGUACAAGAAAACUUAUUUUUACGCAUGUUUUCUAUAGAAUACAUUUGAAUUUUCAAGGACAUCAAAGACCAAUGGUAGGCUUUGUACUGCCUAAGUAGUCAUUUCUUUAUUUGUAGCUUUUGCAGGUGAUCUGGAAAAAGCUCGUCUAAAAGUGGACAUCUUGACGCGGCUAAAAUGUUUUUGGGAUUAUCCUACAAGAUAAUUAAUAUUACGACCCUUCCCAAGUAAUUUUUUCGAAUUAAAGACGUAUUUUCAGAAUUUCGGUCAACAUUUCAUGAGAUAGCUCAUUUAAUGUAUACUCGUUCGGUCGCUAAGUGAGGCUAAGUAUGUGAACACAGGGCUUACGGACUUCAGUGAAGGCCGCAUCAUCCCCGGACGCCUCGUUAAUGCAGCUGUGAUUUUUUCCAGAGAAAGGCGGUCGCACGCCCCCUUUCACGCCCAUCGGAGGCUAAGUACUGCUUUUGGAUUUCAAGUGAUGAACGCUGAAGCAUGUUGAAAUACCACAGCUGCCAAUCCGGCUAACUCUUCAUCGCCGCCUGAUCGAUUCCUAAACAAUUCGGGGAAUCCGACGAGACAAAUGGUUUCAUUCGGUGGCAAAAUAUCCCCUGGGCUAUUGCGCAUAUAUCAACCGUUAACAUCACCGAGACGGAGCAGGAUUCUCUGAAGACAUAGGGAGCUAGCUUUUGUUAAUACCAUCAGAAAAGGAGUGUUCUUAAAUUGUUCUGAGUGAGACUGACUACUUCCCGAAGACCAAAACCCUGUAAGGUUUGCUCGGAUCUACUUUUUUAUUGUAUUUUACGAUCCUCACUGUUCCUAUUGUUUAUCUUUAAAUCUUAUUGACAAUGCCUGAUUCAUUUUCUAGGCUACGAACUCAGUAAGAUAGAAGGAAAACUGGGAUCACCAGAAAAGCCCCUUAGCGAUCUGGGCCUCUUGUCUUAUCGGUCAUACUGGGCCAUGACUCUCAUGGAUAUAUUUCUGUCGACUAAACCAUCAGAACCAGGACAAGAGCCAGCAAUAAGCAUUAAGUGAGUUUUACGGAUUAAAAAUUCUCGUUUCUGCUGAGAUAUCUUUUAUAGUUUGGUACGUGUUACUUGCAUCUCGUUUGUAUCCGAGCAGGAUGUCCGCCUUUACUUUGAUUUAGGCGUAUAAUCCAUCGGAUUUUUAGCCUCUACCAAGGUCAUUAUACCUGCCUUAACAAGUGCUGAUAGAACGCUAAAGUAAGGACCGUUGUUUUAGUGCAUGCCUAAUAGACGUGACGAACUACUGAACAGGCUGUCAGUAGUUGUGAUUGUAAUUUCUGGCUGUCGUGUAAAGUAAACCUGCCCCAGACUAUGUGCUGGAGCGCGGAGAUGGCCAUUUGAAACUGAAUUAUGUCCACUAGUCUGGGACUUAUGGAAAAUCCCAGAGAGACCUCAGGACUUGUCUUACUUUACCUGUCCUACUACGUAUCGAUUAACGACUUUUUAUUAGAGGCCAUUUUUUAAAUGAAUUACUUUGACCAGAAAACACGGGCGUGUAUGGCCUGGGUAUUUUUUACUGUUUACGCACAUUCAUGUUGAGCUGCCGCUCAGUUCUUCUCUGAUUUGAUUUGGUAGCUAACCUAGGGCUUAUCACAGAGCUCGUUCGAGUAACUUAUUAGAUUAUCCGGCUAUUGACGCCACGGUAUUGAUGCGCUCUCUGCGAGUUUUUACGUACUGUAAUUAACAGGCUUAACACGGACCUGUGGCUAUCUCUUGUGUUCGUUUUGCCAAAAACUGAACGCACAGAAUAGCUUCUCGAUCGCCGUAGGCAUUGUCAGAAACAACGAAAAAAGUUAACCGAUCAGGGCAUUUGUAGUGUCUCACCGCCUGUGUCCCUAGCUGAGAACGAGGACCUGCCUCAUAACUUGGGGCUGAUGCAUGGACUUGCCACUAGAGCAUUUUUCGACCCGACUUGUUUAUUAACUCGCGGAAUUGUAGUCGAAGUUUGAAAGUCCACAUUUUAUUGUUUACGGAUUUCGUCCAUGAAUUUUUGGAGGAUAUUUUACUCGAAACUUACGUGAGCACGACAGUCACUCCGGAGUCUAGUCUUGAAGGUAUUCAGGAGUUUCUUCCAGAAUCGUUUUUGACCCACCAGGAUGUAAGAUCAGUAAAGUACCAGGGCGAUUCUGGCAUUGACAGCCAACGGAAUCGGACUGUGUUCCAUUGACUUCUUUGCAGGGGGCCCUUUUGAAGGCCAUAGGUGCCGAUGAUAUUCCCCCAAAACUAUUUGCCAUUGUGAACAAGAGUCUGAGAGUACUUCACUGCCGACGCUCUUAACUGAUAAGGUCGUUUCACCCCACCAGUCCUAUUUAACUUUGAUAAGUUUACUUUGGCCCACGAUGCCACGAUUAUGCAGACACCCAGAUAAGGAAAGCCCUGUCCCAAUACCGCCCUGCUUGAGAAUUCCUGCGAGAGCGCGAUCUGCCCUUAACUACAUAGUUAAGGAAGUACUAAGACGUUGCUUAAUCGCCCCACAUCACAGACACUUUUACUCCCCCUAAUGACGAGAGGUCCAAGAUGGCCAAGUUUUUGGCUUCCUGGGUUUUCUUAUAUUCUGUUUCUCUCCCCCCCCUGUGUACCUACAUAUUUAGUGAAAUUGUCGAACGCACAAGCAUGAAAAGGGAUGAUGUGAUCGCCACUCUCUCCUACCUUAAUGUUCUCUACUACGUGAAAGGACAAUACUUGAUCUUCCUAAGUAAGGAAAAUCUCGAAUUACACAAGCGUGCCGUCUCCAAACGCCUUGUGCGUGUGGACCCCAGUUGUUUGAGCUGGAAACCAAAGGACUGGAGCAAACGCGGACGAUGGUGA